GUGUCCGCCAUCAUGUCCAUCAGCGUGGAACUGAAGAGGAUCUCCAACCUGCCGGGACGAUCUGACAGAAAGGUCGAGCUGUGCUUCAGAGAUUUUACCCAUAAAACCAGAAUACUUCAGUGUGAAAAUUUGGCCAUUUUCAAUGAGAAUUUCCGGUGGCCACAUUAUGGUAAAGUCAUCACUGAUGAAGUUUUGUCCAUUAGUGUAUACAACUGCAGUAAAUUCUUCUCCAACAGACUGCUUGGCCGACUGGUUAUCAGUCUCCAGCAUGUUGUUACCUCGGGCAGGUUGUUGCUACGGGAACCACUCACUGAUGCCAACUACAGCCUGACUGAUAUCAUUAUAGAGCUGGACAUUCGCUUCCAUCCCCUGGAAGGAGCAGCAGGCCACUGGGAGGAACUUGAAUUUCUGCCGGUUGAAGACAGUGAUGAAUCAGGCCUGGUGAUCAGGAAUGUGGGAUUUGAUGACCCUGAAAGAGGGCUUAUGGUUGCUUGCCCAGAUCAGUUGGAGAGAGAAGCCCGUCGCUUGGGUAAGAGUCUGGUUAGGGCAGGGGGUGAAGAUGAUGACGAAGAUGAUGAUUAUGAUGACGAUGUAGUGGAUUUGGAGACAUCAGAUGUUAUCUUCACACCUCUUCUGAGUCGAUGCCGGCCACUAUCCAGAAGUGCAGUUGCAGCAAUGCCAAGAGUCCAGAGUUUCCAGGUGAAUGUGAACAUCCUGGAAGCUCAGAAGCUUGUUGGUGUAAACAUAAACCCGGCAGUUUUCAUCAGAGUUGGAGGCCAGAAAAAAAACACAGUGACGCAGAAAUCCACCAACUGUCCGUUCUUCAAUGAGACUUUCCAGUUUGAGUUUCAGGACGCUCAGCAAAUCUUCUUUGAUAAAGUCAUAGAAAUAAAGGUUUUCCACAGGCGGACUCUGGCCUUCCUGAUGACCCACAUUGGAACCUUUAAAAUUGACAUCUCCACUGUAUACAGCCAGCCAGACCACAACUUCUACCAGAAGUGGGCUCCUCUCACCGACCCGGCAGAUACCAGAUCAGGGGUGAAAGGAUAUGUCAAGGCCAGCCUCAGUGUGCUGAUGAAGGGAGACACUCUGCGUAUGCCCAAUCUGCCACCUGCCUCCUCUUCUGGAGCCAGCGAGGACAUAGAAAAGAACCUGCUGCUUCCUCGUGGCAUGCCUUCUGAACGUCCGUGGGCUCGGUUCCGUAUUCGAAUCUACAGAGCUGAGGGUUUGCCCACCAUGGAGGCGGGGCUAAUGGCAAAGAUGUCCGUCACAGACCGGGCAGUAUUUAUUGACCCAUAUGUACAUGUUACCUUUGCUGGACAACAGGGAGAAACUUCAGUCGCCAAUGCAACCAAUUGUCCAGUUUGGAAUGAGGAGAUCUCCUUCAUUGAGCAGUUUCCUCCUCUGGCUCAGAGAAUCAAAAUCCAGGUUCUUGAUGAUGCCAAGAUGGGAGACAUUGCCCUGGCAACACACUUCUUGGACCUGCAGCAGAUAUCUGACCCCACCAGGAAUGGGUUCAACCCCACCUUCGGUCCAAGUUGGGUUAAUCUUUAUGGCUCACCGCAGAACUCCACCCUCGGAGAUGUCCACCAGGCACUGAAUGAGGGCCUAGGUGAAGGGAUCUUCUAUAGAGGGCGAAUCCUCCUUGCUCUCUGCAUGGAGGUCUACUCUUCCCCCUCUGCCAUCGCCGUGGAAACAGGAUCUGGUGCAGGGGCAAAGGUGAAAGGAGCACUGGGGAAGUUAGGACGAAAGAAGAAGAAAAAAAGCAGCAAGAAGGAGAUGAAGGAAGAGUCUGCAGCUGUGAGUGGAUUGGCUGAUGAAUCCGGGGAAGCAGGAGUUGAGGUACCAGAGUCUGUCACUGUGGAAAUUGAAGAGAUCCAUCCCCUCCCUGAGGGUUUUUUGGGACAGAAGGAGGAGUUUCUGCUGUUUGCAUCUCUGUUUGAAGUCACUAUGAUUGAUCCAUCUGUAGGAACAAAACCACUAACCUUUGAACUUUCAAUAGGGAAUAAUGGGAAGGCAGUUGGAAUUGAGAAAUCCAAGAAAAGCCAGAGCAGAGAGGAGCUAAGAAGAAGCAGAGAGGAGUUGAGGAGGAGCAGGGAGGAUCUGACUGACACACACCGUCUGCUGGAGUCAGAGGAUGAGUUGGACAGAGAAGAGAUGCAGAAUCCUGAAGCUGAGAACAGAUCUCUGUCUGCUCCGAUGAGACCUCAGCCCACCGAGUAUAUAAGGUCAUAUCAGUGUCUUCAACUCCAGCCUCCCUCAGCGAAACUGAAACCUUGUCUGUUUCUCUGGAGUCAGUUUGAAGAUCACAGCUUUCGUCUUUAUCGGGCUAAUUGGCUAAGCAAGAUGGCUGACAGGCUGGAGAUUGGUCUUAAUGAGGUAGAAAUUCUGAUGAGGAGGCCAAAGAGCAAAGUGAAGGAGCGUUUGGUUGAAGUGCUGCUGGAGCUGGUGGCCUCUUGCAAACAGUUCAGUGCUUUCUCAGAGAGGAGAUCUCAAUUUCGCCCCAACAAUCUGGACAAAUGCAGAAAGGAGUUUAUCAAGAAGAAUUUGGUCCUGCUUGCCAGACAGGCAGUCAGGGCCAGGCGGAGGAUCACCAGAAAGACAGCCAAACAGCGGUUGAUUGAAACCAGGAAACUGCUAAAGAAGCUCCGCCUACUGGCUGCAGAGCCCCAGAGUACCAUUCCAGAUGUUUUCCUCUGGUUGCUAAGCGGAAGCAAGCGACUGGCAUAUGUGAGGAUUCCCGCCCACACCAUCCUGUACUCACUGGUGGAGGAGCAGAAGGGGCAGGAUUGUGGCCGGAUCACAACCCUCUACAUGAAGUCACCAGGAUGUUCAGCCAAUGAGGUCUUUGCAAAAUUGGAGGUCUACCUGUGGCUUGGUCCUGUCAAAUACAGUAAGGAAGCCAUUAACAGCCUGCCAGAGGAGUUUAUGCCCAAAUAUGAGGAUGAGGAGGAGGGGGAGGAAGUGCAGAGGAGGCUGGUCUCUGUGGAUGAGAGGAUGAAGAUUCCUGUUAGUCUUUCCUGUCAGGACAGCAGGUACUUCCAGCUUCGAUGUCACCUGUACCAGGGGCGUGGCCUGAUGGCUGCGGAUGAUGAUGGCCUAUCAGAUCCUUUUGCAAGGGUGGUCUUUUCUACACAGUGUCAGGUUACCCGGGUGUUGCCAGACACCCUCUCCCCCUGCUGGUGUGAGUGUUUGUUGUUUGACAGAGUUCUACUGGAAGGAACCAAAGAGCAGCUCCAACGAGACCCACCGCUCAUCAUUAUCAACAUCUAUGAUCAUGACGCCAUGGGCAGUCCGGAACCUCUGGGUCGAGCUUUUGCCGAACCCGAGUUUAAAACAGUGGAGCAGUUCUACGAAAAGCCCCGUCUGCGUUUCUAUGACAUCAGCAGAGGAAGGGUUCCUGCUGGGGAGCUGCUGGCUGCCUUUGAGCUCAUCGAGCUUGACUACUCUGGAUUUGGAGAGCCAUGUCUCCCCAUCAGUGUGGACCCUCAGGAAUUGACCUAUUUAGAUGAGCAGAGCUGUUACAUCAUCCCAGAGGGAGUUCGACCUGUUCUGAAAACCUUCAGGAUUGAGGUGCUGUUCUGGGGUCUGCGGGAGCUGAAGAGGGUACACCUGUUUGAGGUGGAGCGCCCCAUGGUGAGGGUGGAGUGUGCAGGACGACAGCUGGAGUCUGAGGAGAUCCAGAGCUACAAAACCAACCCAAAUUUCAAAGAGGUUGUCCGCUACAUUGAUGUGGAGCUGCCAGAGCAGUCCUACCUCCAUCCUCCUUUGACAGUGUUUGUGGUGGAGCACCGGGCAUUCGGACAUCUUGCUUUGGUUGGGACCCAUGUGGUCCAGAACCUUAUGGACUAUUAUCUUGAAAGGGAAGCAGAGGAGGAAGAGGAUGAGCCAAAACUCAAAGCGAGGAAGAAGUCAAUGAACGUUAACCCUCUGAUGUCAGUGAAGAACAUGGGACUCAGUGGCCUUUCAGUCGCACAGUCCAAGAUUCCCAUCAACCCCAUGAGGAUGGUUAAUGUGCCCUUGACAAAGCUGACAAAGAAAGGGGAGGAGCUAGAGGAAGAAGCCCCUGAGAAGGAGGAGUUGGACUGGUGGUCUAAGUACUAUGCCUCACUGGAGGAGCUGGAGAAGCAGGAGGAGGAGGAGAUGGAAGAGCAUGCAGAGACAGAUGGAGCUAAUCUGACCAUGGCAAACAUUGAGGAGGAGGAGGAGGAGGAAGUUGUGGUGAUUGAGGCUGAGCCUCCAAAACGCAAGAAGAUCGCUACACUGAAGAUAUAUAAUGGUGAUUUGGAAUCAGAGUUCAGUCAGUUUCAGGACUGGCUGCAGAUCUUUCCUCUGUAUAAAGGCAGAGCGAGCACUGAGGAAGAUGAGGAGAAUGAUGAAGAGAGGCUGAUGGGAAAAUACAAGGGCUCCUUCCUGGUUUAUCCAAUCAAUCCAGAAGACCAAGACGAUAUCCAGUGUCAGAUCACCAAUGGAAUCCCUAAGAACUCACCAAUCAAAGUCUUAAUCCGAGUCUACAUCAUCAAGGCCAUUAACUUGGCUCCUGCGGACCCGAAUGGUAAGGCCGACCCAUACCUUGUGGUCAAGGUGGGAGACCAAAGUCUGGACACCAAAGAUCGCUACAUCCCCAAACAACUUAACCCAACAUUUGGAGAGGUGUUUGAACUCACGGUGUCUUUCCCACUGGAGACAGAGUUGGCCAUCAUGGUCCUGGACCACGAUCUUGUGGGAUCUGAUGAUGUUAUCGGCGAGACUCGAAUUGACUUGGAGAACCGUUUCUACAGCCGCCACCGGGCCUCCUGCAGCUUGUCUCUUUACUACGACACUGAUGGCUACAAUAAGUGGCGCGAUGCAAAGAAGCCAUCAACAAUUUUAGCUGAGCUCUGCAGGAAGAAUGGCAUCCCUUCUCCAGAGUACAGAACGUCAGAAGUUAAAGUACUCAACAAGAUCUUCAAAAUACCACCAGAUGCAGUACCUGAAGGUCUGUUGAAGAAGAACCAGCGUUCUCCAGAGGAGGAGGCAGAGAUGGAGGAACAUGCAGCUCUGAAUGUGCUGCAUCGAUGGGGUGACAUGAGUGAGUUCCUCCCAGGAGUUGUUCCUCUGGUGCCAGAACACGUGGAGAUGCGGUCUCUGCUGAACCCGGACAAUCCUGGACUUCCACAGGGUCAUCUUCAUAUGUGGGUUGACAUGUUUCCCACUGAUGUCCCAGCCCCGCCCCUUGUUGACAUAAAGCCCCGCCUACCAGAGCAGUACGAGCUGCGUGUUAUCAUCUGGAAUACUGAUGAUGUAUUUCUGGACGACGUCAACCCGUUCACAGGCGUUCCUUCCUCUGACAUCUAUGUUAAAGGCUGGAUUAAAGGAUUGGAUGGAGACAAGCAGGAGACUGACGUCCACUUUAACUCUCUAACAGGAGAGGGAAACUUCAACUGGAGAUUUGUUUUCCGCUUCGACUACCUUCCUACUGAGAAAGAAGUAGUGUAUAAAAAGAAGGAGUCCAUCUUCUCUCUGGAGGAGUCUGAGUUUCGUCAGCCGGCUGUUCUGGUGCUGCAGGUCUGGGACUACGACCGCAUCGCAGCCAACGACUUUUUGGGCUCCAUAGAGCUAUAUCUCAGCAACAUGGUGCGUCCGGCAAAGUCAUCCAGUAAAUGUACGGUUGAGAUGGCGAAGGACCGGGCCAGCCCUCGGGUCUCCAUCUUUCGUGCCAAGAAGAUGAAGGGCUGGUGGCCACUGACACGCAUGAAGACGGCAGAGGACUUUGAGAGGGAGGAAAAGGAGAAGGAAGAAGCCAAGAAGAAGGGAGGCAAGAACAAAAAGAAGAGCAAAGACAAGAGGAGCAAACUGAGGCAGGAGGACAUCCAGUACACCGACAGCUCAGGCAACACCUUUCUGUUAAUGGGAAAAGUGGAGGCGGAGCUUCAGCUGGUGGCUCUGGAGCAGGCAGAGGCCGUUCCUGUGGGGAGGGGACGCAAAGAGCCUGAGCCUCUGGACAAGCCAAAUCGUCCCACCACCAGCUUCAACUGGUUUGUCAAUCCAUUAAAGACCUUUAUUUUCCUCAUUUGGAAGAACUACAAGAAGUACAUCAUAGCUUUGGUCAUCCUCGCCAUCCUCACGCUCUUCCUUGUCCUCAUCAUUUACACAUUGCCGGGACAGAUCAGCUCCCUGAUUGUCAACGGAUGAAGAAACCAGCUGGGAAGCUUUCUGAAUGUUACCCAUUUCCUCAGUUGUCUGGCACUUAAACUAUUGUCACUAUUCAGCCAGAUUUAUAUGGAACUAAACCUGCAAACCUUGUAAUGUACUCAGCCUGACUGGACCACAUUCCCCAGCAUCCCCAUCAUUAUCAACACAGCAGGGGGUAAACAAUGAAGUACUUUUCUAUUUACCUCAGAUUUAAGUCAUAUCUUUAUCAUAUAUUUGUUACACUGUUGACUGUAAUGCCUUCAGCACUAUGCAAGUUAGACAAAUCUUAACUCUUUUUCUAUUGAAAUAUAUCUAUUAAUAGGUCUAUUGUUAAUUAAUUAUACUUGUGAUUUUUUUUUCUUUAAAUUAAUUAAAAUGUACAUUCAGAAUUUAAUUCAAACAUUGGCCCAGAACAAGUUUUUAUUAUCUGUACAAGUUUUUAAACAACCCAUCUGAAUCUGCUUCUUUUGAGCUAAGAAACAAUUAUUGAUAAAUAUAACAUGCAAUAAUUUAGUCAACUGCAGGGGGUAAAACAACAACUCAUCGGUUGCUUGGUAACUCACCUCAUCAAACUUAGAAAACUUGCUUAUAAAACAGAUCAUUAUUUUUUCUAUUCAAUAUUUAAUUGCAUUUCAAACCAGAUAUAAAGCUUUUAAAAAUGGACAAAGUUAGAAAAAAAAAAUUAUGCACCAUGCAUGAGUGUUUUUUUUUUCCUGUCAAAAAUCCAAAACCACCCUCACAGUUGGAGGA